AGCCAAAAAGGGUUCCAAAAAAAAAAAAAAGUUGUGAUAACCUGAAAAGGGACAGUACCCGCCUGUAAUUCUUCUGCGAAUUUUUCGAAGCGCAUUUCAAAUGCGAGUGAAGGAUGCGCUGUACAUGCAGGUUGUUUUUGUAAAUAACAUUUUCAAGCAUGACAUUUUAUAACGUUUGCGUGACGUUCAGGUGACAUUUACGUGACGUUUAGGUGACGUUUAUUUGGGAGGAAUAGGCAUAUGCUCCAUCCCCCCCCUGAAGGCCUGUAAGGAGCAUGAAGUAACGGCAAAUUUGCCGAAGAAAAAUAAUCCGUACAAAAGUCCAAAAGGGGGAGUAACAAGUAAAAAAAGCAAAUAAGUAAAAAUAAAAAGAACCAAAUUAGCGUCAGCGUUAACGCAUCGUGAUGCUUCAAGCGUGACCAUGCGAGGUGGAGGAGAAACAAGAGCGAAGUAAACAGCGCCCAAAGUAGCAAUUUGUAGAAGACCCGAAUUGGGCUGAGAAUUGCGGCACUGGGGAAAAUUGCAGCGUUGGUUUUUGCUCAGUGGGGAAUAUAAGUUGCUGCCCCCCGGGUAGAAAGUAUUUCCCACGUGUAUAAAUUCCCUUUUUUGGCUGCCACAAAGCGCGUUUAAGCUCCACACGUGAGAGAACAGAAGAUGGAAAACUCCUUGAGCACCCCCGCGAACCGCGUCGUCCUAGUGGCGCUGAGGAGUUCCCUAAACAAACACAACAUUAACUUUGUGGACGAUGAGAAUACGUACAACUCGGAAAUAUUAAAGAGGCACCUGAAAGAUUUGAAACAGCUGAAGGAGGAUAUUAUAAGGAAGAGGAACCAGUCCAAGGAGGCCAUCCGAAACCACCUCGAAUCUUUCUUUAUCAAUGAGGGGGACAGGAGUUGCAAUUUUGACGCCUUUUACGAUAAGUGUUUGAAUAUUAUUACGAGGUAUUUGGUGUCAUAUAAAGAAAUAAACGACAUUUUAUUGGGAAGGAAAGGGAGUGACGGUAGGAAGGUAGGCAACACGGGAAGGGGUAACACUGGAGGGGGUAACACCUCGCCAGGAAAGAGAAGCAAGGGAAGCAAAAGCAACGUGAAGGGUGAGGAGCAGCAACACGGAGAGGGAAACAACAGUCUGUUGUACGAGCUGAUAAAUAAAAAGUUGCUCAUUUAUAACAACAAAUUUCUGUUUGACUAUGAUGACGAUAGUGAGAUCUACACGUCCAGUGAGGAGGAAAUUCUUAUUGAGGGGAGACCCCUAAAGAAGAAAAACAGAAGUGAGAAAAUCUCCAAGAGGGGCAGCAAUGGGGAAAACACGAACGAAUGGGACCCCCUGGCAAGCGCGGAAAUGAGGGACAGCCAGGAAGCAACCCGCUCGUGGGCCAAAAGGGAAAAAAAAGACAAAGUUGUGAGAAGAUGCGAAAAAAGAAGAAUUAACCUGCUUAAGAGGUACCCCCCUUAUCUGAGGGACCUGAUCAAAAUUGUGAAGGUGGCCAAAAAUAGGGAAAAAAAAAACUUACAAAUUAGUUUCCUAAACAAGUAUGGAGACGAUGUAGAUAGAAACAAAAUGAACACCCUCUUUAAUAAACUCUACCUGUGGAAGUGCUACAUGAACAACAGAAGUUACAUCGAGAAGAAGAAAAGAAGAAUGCUCUAUCGAAUUGUGAGGCAUAACAUGUUGAAGCAUUUUUACAAAAAUCACGACAUUUUUUUAGAAAAAUUAGUUAAGAAGAAAAAUGCAUACAACAAUUUAAGCGUGGAAAAUGUGAAGAAGCUAUUCCUCUCGCAUGAAUGUAGUGGGAAUGCCUCACCAGGAAAAUCCACCAAAGAGUGUAAAGUGUGCAAAGAGAAAAUGAAGAUGCUGUUUUAUGUUACCCUUUAUGAGAAUCUGAAUUAUUCGUCCGUUUUGAGCAACCCCAAUGUGAUGGCCUCCAAAGAGAGGAAUCUUCUGACGCACCUUCUUUUGAACAAAAAGGAGAAAAGGAAAACCCUCAAUGUGAAUUAUGAUAUAAAUUACCAUGCAGAUAAGCACAUUUACAUGUUAUCCAAAAAUGACAUUUUCUGUGAUGUGCUGCAUGAGAAUUAUUUGAAGAACAGCUUCAACGAUUUACUGCAGAGGAUUAAGGAUGGGAGUAAGGGGUACAAUUUGCUGUACGUAAUUUUUAACAAGUAUAAACAUAAAAACUUUUUAAAUUUAAAAAAGAUAAAAAAAUAUUUUGACGAACGUAAUAGCAGCACUUCCAGUCGCACGGGCAACGUCAGCACGAACAGUAUGACCUACAAAGGGGACCGCCUCUCCCUGAGGGAUUCCUUUUAUGACAUUUUAAAAAGUAACAUCAUUAAGGAUGAAAACAAUUCGAGCAUUUUUUUCGAUAAGCUGUUUCACUCCUUCUAUAAUGUGCUCUACUCACGUACGUACAAUGCCCCCAGUAGGAGCAACUCACGGUCGGCCAAGAAGAAGGACAUAGAGCUGCUCAACGUGGAUGACCAUAACUCAGACUCUGACGACUUUAUGUUGGUCGAUUCGGCCAGCGGGUUUGUUAAAGAGCCCACCUAUAAAACGGGCACGAAUUUCAUGAUGCAGGUUAAGUAUAAGAAGGUACAGCAAAGCGCUAUAAAGGAGCUCCAGCAGAAGUACCUCAACGUGAAGCAGAUGAACGAUAUUGACGACCGAUACAUAGAGGAUGGCGCUUGGCAGAACAACACGCUGUCUAGUUACCACUACAUGGGGUGCGUCCGCACCAAGGGGGGAAGUUUCCAAGACAAGAACUUUGCGCAGGGAGAUGAAGAGAAGGGCAGCGGGUUGGGAGCUUUCGAGAGGUACAUAAACAAAAUAAACGAAGAAGUGGCCAUCGUCGUGAACAGCGAUGACAGUGAUGAAGAUAUGCUGUGUAGCCACGGAAAGGAAAAACUGCUGAUGAACUAUUUGAAGGGGAAAACGCUUCGAAGCGGAAGCGAAAUUGGCUACCGAAAUGAAAACGUAACGCUGGAGAGGAGUAGAGUGGAGGAUCUGAAGAAGAACAUAAUUGUGCACCCCCUGAUUAACUCCAAAUGUAUAGGGUUCAAAAUAAACGUUAACGAUAUUGCCAAUAGGAAUCUGGACGUGUACUGCGUCAACAAUGGGGAAUAUGUAAAGGCAUACAAAAAUACGAUCAGCUAUUUGAAGAACCAAAUAACUCCAGAGAUGAAGAAAAACUACACGGACUUUCAAAACAUUAAGAGUAAGAUUAAGAAGAAGGAGAUGAAGCUAAACUCCGUCAACGAUUUGUUAAGCAACAAAGGUUCGGGAAAGCACCAAGCGUGCUACAUAAAUAGCGGCCAAACCGACAUCACCGGGGCGAAAAAAAGCAACAGCGUCACCGAGUACAUCGUCGUGAUUGAGGAAGACAUGCAGGAAGAGAAAUACAAAAUUGAUAUUUACAACUACGCAGAGUUAACUGCCUACAUUGUAAAUUCGAAGGAGGAGAAAAAAAGAGAAUUCUACUGGAACUUCAUCAGGAACGAAAUAUAUUCCCACAAGUGGAUGAACAAACUGCAGUUCAAAAUUCAGAAUUAUAGCAACAUGUAUGUGAAUAGCUUUUUUAAAAAGAACCACCUCAGGUCCAUCAAGGAGUACCUCUACGGGUUAAUCAUAAAUCUGUAUUAUCAAAAUGUUUACGAUGUGUCUCUCAACAUCCAGCUGAGUAGUCACUAUGGGCAGUACGACCCUACCAAGGAGUACGUUCUGAAAAAUAUACACCGCAACUUAAAUGAGCUGUACCAAAAUGUGAUGAAGUGCAUCCAGAGCGAUAUUCUAAGCAGCACGUGCUUUAUGGACUCUAGCAGAAUCACAGGGGAACAAGUGAAGAGCAGAAUUAAUGACUACUUGAUGAAUUACCGCUGGUUGGAAUGCCAGCCGGAUGACGAAGCGAAGGAAUCCUUCCAAGGAGAAAGGAAGAAAAAUAUAGACGAUAUGAUUCGCAAAUACAGAACGGUGCUCCUGUACUAUUUGCUCUACAUUUAUCCAAAAUUUCUGUACAUACUAAAUAUUAUUCAAAUUAAAAACUUCAAAGAGCAGAUUAAAAGUACCUUGCCUGAGAAGGACGACCAGCAUGUCCAGGACGCACAGAAAGAUUUUACCUCCCAAAAGAAAAUGCUCAGAAAGGCGAAAAGCAACCAUGUAGAUGUGGUGAAAGAAGAAGGGAACGAAAAUUCCCCCGAGUUUUAUCUCCCUGAUUAUGUAAAAAAUGAAAAAAAUAUUCUAAGUUCAUUUGAUUUAUCAGAUAUUUUGCUAGCCAAUUUUAGCGACCAUUUUGAAAGGACUCUCUUCCAGAAUGUACUCAGUGGGGUCACCAAAAUGGAAAACGUGAAAGAUGAAAUACAUCCUACUUGCUUAAAAACCAUGGAGCAUUUUGUAAAAAAUGAAUCCUACUCCAUUAGGAAGAAACUAACCAAUUCGCAGCUGGCUAUGGUCUUUGCCGUUCUCAAUGCCUACCUCUGUUUUGCCACAACACAGCAUUCGAUCUUCUUCAACGCAGACAAGUUGGGCAAAUUCCUCCUCCACAAAAAUGGCAAACUGGAAUUCGAGCGGUACAGCAAGUUGGCCGCCCAGGGGAAGAGCUACUUCCCCGCAGAUUUUAGGCAGAAAUUUUUGGAGACCUUCCUGCUAAAGAAGGACCAGAAUUUUAUCGCGUCGGACAAACUCAAGUGCAAGCUGAUGAUUUAUAUUCUGCUCAUCCAGCUCUGCCUCAUGGACAACGCCCUGCCCGUUCAGCUCACGCUCAUUAAUAGGAACACCGCCGCUCUGCUGACCCGGCUGAACUUCUCCAUCGUCGACAAGUCGCUCGUGACGUUCAACUUGAGCGCCUAG